CCCACCCCGCCCGAGACACACACAGCUCCUCACACAGCUCCUCACACCGCUCCUCACACCGGCUCCUAUACACUUGUAUGCCGGAAGACAGUGUGAGCCAUGGGUCUCCCGGAGCCAGCUGGGCCCUUUCUGCUCUCCCUCACUGCUAUCCCUGUGUCCUAUGUGGUGAACUCCAUGAGUGCGGCCUCUGACCCAGUUGCUAUAGCUGCUCUCGGAAUUCUAGUACUUCUCUCUUUGCUGGUUGUGUUAUAUUACUUUGCACAAGGAAACCCUCCUCAGGAUCCUCUAUUUUAUGUUUUUGCGAUUUUCUCCUUUACAAGUGUUAUCGACUUAAUAAUAUGGCUAGAAGAAGAUGGCCACAUAAGUGGAUUUAUGGCGUUUUACAUGAAGGAGGGGGAGCCAUACCUCCGCACUGCACAUGGAAUGCUCAUCUGCCUGUGGGAUGGGACAGUACAUUACUUGCUCUACUUGUUUAUGUUGGCAGCAAUCUCUCGUGGGACAAACUACAAAGCAGUUGGUCUUUUUUGGUUGGGUUCUCUACUCAUGAGCAUGCUGGUGUUUCUGCCUGGAAAUGUAAUUGGAAAAUAUGGCACUGAAAUACGUCCUGCCUUCGUUCUUAAUGUUCCGUAUCUAUUUGUCCCUGUAUGGGCUGGGAUAAGGAUAUUUAGAACCAGUCAUGCUUUUCCAAAGUUUUCAACUGAAAAGGUGGUGGCUGCACAGAGUAAAGGAAUCCUUCAUCGACCUGUAGAUAUGGCUCUUGUUCUGUAUCUAUUAGGUGCCAUUGUAUUCACUCUUUUCAGGGGCCUGCUGGUCUUAGAUUGCCCUACGGACUCUUGUUUCAGUUACAUCUACCAGUAUGAGCCAUACCUUAGGGACCCAUCUGCCUAUUCUAAGGUCCAGAUGUUGGUCAAUAUGUUCUACCUACUUCCAUUUCUGUGUGUGUCCAUUUAUGGUCUUCUAAUUCCUGGCUGCUCAUGGAUGUUGGAUUGGACACUGGUGUUUGCUGGUGCAGUAGCACAGGCUCAGUUUGCUCACAUGGGAUCUUCAGUAUACCAUAGAACACCAUAUACUUAUCGUGUCCCUGAAGAAUCUUGGUGGGAUUUUAUGAUUCUUAAUGCUAUCUACACUUUGGGAAUGCAGAUUUUUGCCUACCGUUGUCUCCGGAAUCCAGCUUUCUUCAUAAAAGUCACAACAGAGACUGUAGAGGAAGGCAAGAAACAGAACUGAGGGGAGUGCUGAGCAUGCCUUGAGAUGCCAAAGGAGAAUGGUCUCUAUAUAGUUUACAAGACUCCAGAAUUAGUCCUGGACCAAUUGAAAUAUUUUUGACUAAACAAAAGAGUACAUGUUACCUUUUUAGAAGAAUUUCAUUUGUAUAUUUCAGGAGAAAGGACUGGGUCCCAUGCAUAUUUUCUCUCAUUAUAUAGAUACAUGCGUAUCUUCUUUUUUCAAGACUCGCACACAAUCAUACACUACAUUGAUUAUUUUAAAAGACCUGUCCUGACAAAACUCUGCCUACCAUGGAGUCCAAAAAAGGCAUUUUCCUAAAUAAGGAAGGUUUUCAUCCAUAUUACUUUAUUAUACUUUUACUAGAGUUUCCACAGUUUAAUCUCAGGUCUAACCGCGCAUUUCUAAACAUGCAAAUUAGCAAAUCUUUUCCAGCUCUGUACCCAGCAGAUUUACUGCUGUGCUGAGCACAUAUGGUGGAACAUUUUAGCUUUGGUUUGAAUAUUACUUAACAAAUAAAUAAAUGUAAAAAUAGAAAGUGGGUUUAAGUUUUGGUAAAUAUUUUUUAACCCCAAAAUGUUAAUUUUAAAUAUGCUUUUUUGCUUGUUUUUGUAAUAAAGACAAUAAGACACUGA